GGAGAGCUGGGCAGAGUCCCGGUUAUCCAAAGUGGAUGUACGUGUUCCUCGUUUACAUUUUACAAGCGCAGAAUAGGGCUGCAAGUCCUCGAAGUCCGAAAACAGGCCUAUAUAAGACUCGUCUGUGGGGAUGCUGAUGGCAGGAUUAAUGUUUUAUUCAACCGCGUGAAAACAAUUCAGAAAAAGAGCGGACAAUUUGAUUUGUUGCUCUGUGUUGGAGAUUUCUUCGGUUCUUCGCCCGAAGCACAAGAAGAGUGGGAGGAGUACAAAUCAGGUUCAAAAAAAGCACCCAUCCAUACAUACAUUCUGGGUGCAGCCUCCCAUGAUACAGUGAAGUAUUUCUCCAGUUCAGAUGGAUGCGAGCUUGCUGAAAACAUCACCUAUUUGGGACGCCGAGGCAUCUUCACCGGGGUGUCGGGACUUCAGAUUGCCUACGUGAGCGGCAGGGAGGCCCAGGCCGAGCCCGCGCCGGCCCACUGCUUCACGCCCAAAGAUCUGAGCGCCCUGGCGGCGCCCCUGGUAUCCAACUCCAAGUUCAGGGGCGUGGACAUCCUGCUGACCUCACAGUGGCCCCGGGGAGUCUGGCAGUACGGCAACAGCCCAGACAUAAAUACUAAGUUCUGUGGCACUGCCUCUAUUGCAAGCCUGGCAGAGAAGCUGAAGCCUCGUUAUCAUUUUACUGGCUUGGAAGGGACUUACUAUGAGCGGCUGCCGUACAGGAAUCACAUGGUACUGCAGGAGAACGCGCAACACGUCAGUAGAUUCAUAGCCCUGGCCAACGUCAACAAUCCUGCCAAGAAGAAGUACUUGUAUGCAUUCAGUAUAGUCCCAAUGAAAACCAUGGACCCCACAGAGCUUGUGAAACAGCCACAAGAUGUCACUGAAAACCCAUACAGGAAGAGUCUGAAAGAAAGCAAGAAAGAGAAGCCUGCCUCUACAGCAGAUUUUGGGGAGGAGGAGCCAGCCGCUCAGUUCUUCUUCGACCUGAAGAAGAAGGAGCCGCACCAGGGCCAGUUCAGGAAGAGGCAGUCUGACGGGGACAGACACACCCAGCCCAAACAGCCUCGCAGGCCACCCCAGCCCACUGGACCCUGCUGGUUCUGUCUGGCCAGCCCAGAGGUGGAGAAGCACCUGGUGAUCAGCAUCGGGACCCACUGCUACAUGGCCCUGGCCAAAGGCUGCCUGACCCCAGACCACGUGCUGCUGCUGCCCAUUGGACACUACCAGUCUGUAGUGGACCUGUCGUCAGAGGUGGUGGAGGAGCUGAACCGAUAUAAGACCACCAUCAAGGACUUCUACAAGAGCCGAGGCUGCCGCUGUGUACUGUUUGAGAGGAACUACCGCAGCCAGCACUUGCAGCUACAGGUUGUCCCAGUGCCUGCAGAUAAAUGCACCACAGAGGACAUCAAGGAGGCCUUUGUGAUCCAGGCCCAGGAACAACAAAUGGAACUCCUGGAGAUCCCAGAGCAUUCGGACCUCAAGCAGAUUGCUCAGCCUGGGACUCCAUACUUCUACGUAGAGCUGGACACUGGAGAGAAGCUCUUUCACAGGAUCAAGAAGAACUUCCCCCUGCAGUUUGGAAGGGAGGUGUUGGCCAGCGAGGCCGUCCUGAACAUCCCAACACGCGCGGACUGGAGGGAGUGCAAGUACAGCCGGGAGGAGGAGGAGUCCCUCACCAAGAAGGUCCGAGAGGCCUUCGAGCCCUUUGACUUCACCAUGCAGGACUGAAGGAGGGAGCGGUCUGUGAAAGAGGGAGCGGUCUGUGAAAGAGAGGCUGUCUGAGGGCAGGGCGGAAGGAAUGCUGUACCACGCUGGGUGGGAACUCGGUUCACAAGGUCAAGACUCUUGUUCUCUGAAGCUCCCUUCAGUCAUUUCACCAGACCGUGAUAACGGUAUAAAACAGGAAUUUUUACCUUCCUUUUGUAUUAGGGGAUUUCAUGUUUUUCUUGUUUAAAUGGAGGCCUCGGCACACCAUUGGGCCUGUGUCUUCUUGCUGGUUAAGCAAGCUUGACUACUAGUGGUCGCUGGCGUGGUCAGAUUUUUAGGUAACAAUUGCCCUCUGAUUGUGAGCACCAUGGCAACAAAACCAGUUGUCAGCAAUUCUGCACUCUAAUAUAGGCAAAAUGUUGUGUACAUAAAAUGUCCUCUUUUCUAUUGUCUUUAUUUUACAUGCAGUCCCUGAUUAAAAGCUGAUUUUAUGUUUGGGUUACAA